ACACAUGCCAUGCCGCCCAUUACCGAUGUGCUGCGACCAUCAGCCCUGCCGAUUGUGCCGAAUUUCAGCCAUCUGCAGCUCGUGGCGAUAUGGUAAACGGAUGGGCAUUUGAUGAUAUGCCGCGGCUGAAUGUCCACAGUCCAACACUCGAAUGACCGUAAUUGCUUAUUGCUGACUGUGUCCUCUCUGCCAAUGGUCCACACCUCAACCACGUACAAAGCUCCCAUCCAAGACCCACUAGUCAUCGAGCUGGCACAUGGCCUCCAUAGCCUGGGAACUCACAUCCUGGGAUAUCAUAGCCCGGAAAUCCAGAGGCGAUGUCCGACCCAGCAUGACCAUGUUUCCUUCCAGCUGCUUGCGAGCCUAGAUGUCGCUUGAUAGCGGUGGAGGACGAUGAAGAUAGAUGUCGGUGUCGCUUCCAUAGAGCUAACUGAGAGAGGAGAGCUGGGGCUAUCCCUAGCCCGGCUGCACGACACACGAGUAAGUCGUUCCUCCAGAGAUAGUGGCGUCGCGUGAGGCCGCUUGUAUUGACCUCUGCCUUCCUGUUUACUCACUCGGUGCCGCUGGGGACGUACACGGUGGCGGAUGUGUAUCCAAGAUGGCUGAUCUACCUGGUGGUUUAUCUACCUGGCCUGGAUCCAGAUUACGCCGACUUUUUGAC